UUUUCAAUGUUUCCACAAAGAUGUUCCAUUCUCAUUUGCCAUACACGCUCUCCUCCAUCUCCAAAACCUUCAUAUAUAGACCAAAGUCCGAUAUCCAAGGAAGCGUUACGCUUUUCUUGAGACAUGAAACUUCUUUUUUCUGCUUUUCGUUGUUUCUCAUCAGCAUCAUCGGCACAUGAAAAAAACAAAAACGAGUACCCUGAAGAAGAGAAUGAUGGAAGCUUUCGUGUAUUCACUUACAACCAAUUGAAAUCAGCCACUCGUAAUUUUCAUUCCUCGGACAAGGUUGGAGAAGGUGGCUUUGGCUCUGUCUAUAAGGGGAGGCUUAAAGAUGGUUCUUUUGUGGCUGUGAAAGUGCUUUCAAUUGAGCUUGAAUCCAUGCGAGGAGAGAGGGAGUUUGUAGCAGAAUUGGCUUCACUUGCAAAUAUCAGGCACCAGAAUCUAGUUAGCCUUCUAGGGUGUUGUGUGGAUGGUGCUCACAGAUAUUUAGUCUAUGAUUACAUGGAAAAUAACAGCCUCUACCACACUUUCUUAGGUUCGGAGGAGGGAAGGAUGAGUUUCAGCUGGGAAGCAAGGAGGAACAUAUCCAUAGGUGUGGCUAGGGGGCUUGUCUUUCUCCAUGAGGAGCUUAAGCCUCAUAUUGUGCAUAGAGACAUCAAGUCCAAAAAUAUACUUCUUGAUCGGAAUUUUACACCAAAAGUUUCUGACUUUGGUUUGGCGAAGUUACUGAGAGAUGAAAAAUCUUACAUCAGUACUCGGGUUGCAGGGACAUUGGGUUAUCUGGCUCCAGAGUAUGCCAGUUCUGGACAGGUGACACGAAAAUCAGAUGUUUAUAGCUUUGGAGUAUUACUUUUACAAAUUGUCAGUGGCCUAGCAGUUGUGGAUGCCUAUCAAGACGUUGAACGUUUCAUUGUAGAGAAGGCAUGGGCAGCGUACGAAGCCAACAAUUUAUUAAGACUAGUGGAUCCAGUGCUUAAUAUGAACUUCUCGGCGGAAGAAGCAACGAAAUUCCUAAAGGUGGGGUUGCUUUGUGUGCAAGAAACCGCCAAGCUUCGACCCAGUAUGUCAGAGGUUUUAACAAUGUUGAGCAACAACAUUGAUAUGAAAGAUGUUCACAUUUCAAAACCAGGGUUUGUUGCUGAUCUAAGGAACAUCAGAAUCAAGCAACAAAUAAGUCAACAAAUGGGAACAAACUCUUCACCAGAAUCAAGUUCUGCUAGUGGAGCAACCUUUGCAAGUUCCCUUUGGAGUACGGCCAAUCUUGCUCGUUAAUUAGAUUGACAAUUUUCAUGCGUUUAGGAAUUAGGAUCAUGCCAAAUUUGGUUACCCUGUAU